CGGCGCACAGGCUCGCGCUACGGCAGUGGCGCUGGGAGUCUCGCGUUCGCGGUGCCGUUACUCGCAGUCGGGCGGCGGCUGAGGCUCGGCGCACAACGCAGGUAGCGCGUUAGCAGCAGCAGCGGAGGCACCUCGGCGGUCGCAGCCCCUGCGCUGGUGCAGCUACCCUCGCCUGCUCCGCUCUUCCCUCGCUCGCACCAUGGCUGAUCAGCUGACUGAAGAACAGAUUGCUGAAUUCAAGGAAGCUUUCUCUCUAUUCGAUAAAGAUGGUGAUGGCACCAUCACAACAAAGGAACUUGGAACUGUCAUGAGGUCACUGGGUCAGAACCCAACAGAAGCUGAAUUGCAGGAUAUGAUCAACGAAGUGGAUGCUGACGGGAAUGGCACCAUUGACUUCCCAGAGUUCUUGACCAUGAUGGCUAGAAAAAUGAAAGAUACAGAUAGCGAAGAAGAAAUCCGUGAGGCAUUCCGAGUCUUUGACAAGGAUGGAAAUGGUUACAUCAGUGCAGCAGAACUGCGCCACGUCAUGACAAACUUAGGAGAAAAACUAACAGAUGAAGAAGUAGAUGAAAUGAUCAGAGAAGCAGAUAUUGAUGGCGACGGACAAGUCAACUAUGAAGAAUUCGUACAGAUGAUGACUGCAAAAUGAAGACCUACUUUCAACUACUUUUCCCCCUCUAGAAGAAUCAAAUUGAAAUCUUUUACUUACCUCUUACAAAAAAAAAAAAGAGAAAAGAAAAAAGUUCAUUUAUUCAUUCUGUUUCUAUCUAGCAAAACUGAAUGUCAAAAGUACCUUCUGUCCACACACAAAAAUCUGCAUGUAUUGGUUGGUGGUCCUGCCCCUAAAGAUCAAGCCCCCACAUCAGUUUUACAGUAUAAAUACUCGUACUACCUUAUAAGGAAGCACUUAGUGGAGUCCUUAAAGUUCCAUUUGCUAAUGAUUAAUACACUGUUUGGGCUGGCCAGUUUCUCAUGCAUGCAGCUUGACGAUUUAGCACAGUCAGGCAUUUGUAUUAAAACUGAAAAAUGGAAAAAACAAAUUCAAAAUCUUGUCAGAUGGGUUCUAGUCCAAUCUGUUCCGAUAAAUUGUCAGUAGCCAGUUUACUGCAAACAUUUAAAAUUGGUUUACCUCAGGAUAAUGUGCAGAAAAUGGGUGAAGGCUAACCUUUGAGACAGAGCCCCAGAAGUAGGAUGGACCUCUUGUACUUCAAGUGCUCCAAUCCCACAGUGACAAUGACACCCUGGUGGCAUGCCCAAGUAUGGUGGUUUAGUGCUGUGUGCAUUGUGUUAGAGUGAAAUGAACAUCAAGGCUGUCACCAAAUCACACAAAUUUUUAAUAAGAAAUGUUUACCAAGGGAGCAUCUUUGGACUCUUGUUUUAACACCUUGUGAACCAUGACUCGGAGCCAGCAGAGCAGGCUGUGUCUGUGGACUUGAGCACAACCAUCAACAUUGCUGUUCAGGAAAUUAUAAUUUACGUCCAUUCCAAGUUGUAAAUGCUAGUCUUUUAUUUUUUUUUUUUUUUCCAAUAAAAAGACCAUUAACUUAAAAGUGGUGUUAAAUGCUUUGUAAAGCUGAGACCUGAAGGGGACAAGGACAAGGCAGUCGGAGGGGAGGUCAGCGUACAUGCAAGCAGCCAUCAUCCAGUGUGAACUGGAUUUCCCGCCCAGAUUCUGUAGCAUCAGCUCCUGACACCUGGCAGAUACUGAGUUCAUCAUCUAUGACCAUGUAAGUCUAGUUAACGUUUUCUGUGUGUGCGUGCGCAAAUCACAGUCCGUUGAUCUGUUCAGGCAAAGUAGAGCCCUCGGUGAGCAAAAGCCUGUUCCGAAGCAUGCAUCUCCUCUGUGCUGCUGCCGACCCUUUGUAAGUACAUGAGGCCAUCUGUGCAGGAGACAUGAUUUAUUAUCUGUGUAAUUCAAUGCUCACUGAACGAUGGAAGCAGUCCGGUCAAAGACCCUAGCAGUCACCUUUGAUUCGGUUUGAACAUUGAUGAUUAUACUUAACUUUAGUCUCUAUACCUUUUUUUUUUAUUAAGUUGACUGCUUCUUCUCCCCAUAACUAGAACUGCUGCUUAAGACUGACUUGAAAGCAACAAAACAAAGCUAUAUGUCCCAGAGUGGAUUUCAUUUCUAAUUAUAACCCUGUAACCAAAACUCAAGACGUGCCGGAACGGGUCUAUUUUAAAAGCCCCCACCCCCUUAGAAGCGUGUUGCAUUUAGUACAGAGCUCAUCUGUGAAACAAGGGCCUUGUACAUUUUUCAGGGUGUUAACUGGUUGUAUCUGAUUGGCCCAGGAGCUUUGAUUUCCGAGUGCGGGGGUGGUGGCAGGGCACAGUGGCAGGCCUCUAGCAAGGUGACGAGAAGCCCUCGGCAGCCAGAUGGGUGCAUUCGGGGCUAAUACGUAGACCCUUGGCUUCUCCCUCUCCUGCUCCCUGUCCUCCUGGCGUUUUAUAGCUCCUUGGAAUUCUUUUCCGCCAGGGGUUGGGUCAGAGCAGUGGAGAGGGAGACCUUGCCUGAGCGCUUCUGCUCGUCCUUGGACUGGGUGGCUGGCAGAAGGUUGAUGCACUGUAAAUUGACUUCUGAAUCACUAGGUAUUCCUAAGAAUUGGGGAUUCCCUUCUGGUAAGAGAACUGAGGGUUCCAGGUGAAGGAAGUGAAUGGCAGUAGGUGUGUCUUGUGAGUGGAUUGAAUUGCCCAGUGGCUGACCCAGUCUCAGGCUUGUGGUCUGUAACCUCUUGGUAGUUUCAAAGGGGGUUGGAGGUGACUUAACUUUUUUUAAACUUGCCUCCUAUCUUUUACCUUCUACCAAGUCUUUGUAGAAGCUGAGUAGACUCCACAUUAGCAGCCCCAUAGCCUGUCCCAAAAGGCUACCUUUGAAACAGGAUUCUUGUGUGGCCAGGAAUCCUGUGUGGGAACCAGAGACCCUCAAGGAAUGUAAGCUGAGGUUCAGAGCUGCAGGAGGCAGAGUCCCCCCACCUCCUCGGCCUUCUUGGAUCCCGGGGCACAACCAGCCCAGAGCUUGGUGUUGGCAGUCUGAGUUUGUAAGGGGGAAAGAGUGGGGUGUCAAGGCAGUACCUCUGAAGUUGGAUAGCACUUUCCUGUAAACUGUCUCUCACUUAUAACUACUCUAUAAAUAUAUACAUAUAUUUAUAUAUAUAUAUAUAAAGUGACUAGUUAAAACUGGCAUCCUGCUUUAGCCUGAGACUUGCCCUAAGAAACUGCUGAGUCCUUGGCACACCUUCAUAGUGUGUUCUCCGUCUGUUGGGGGGAGCUGUUGAGCAAGGCAAACCUCUUGAUAGCUCAGAUGGGCUUUAAUGUGCUGUUGCCAGGGAAGGCUUUUUCUGAUUUUUUGACAAAUCUUUGCACACUUUAAUUGGUGUCUUUGAGAAACUUAAAACACGUUGAAGAUGAGCUAUUGUACAUAUUUUUAUAUUCUCUUUAUAAGUGCAUGUCCACCUUGUAACCAUAUUGUAAUGAAUGGCUGUCCAGUAGGCCUAGCGUUAACUGUCACACAAGAGGGAUAGCAUCUGUCAUUCGCCCCUCAGCAUCCUGGGAACUUCUUCUCGAAUGAAGAAUGUAAAUUUGGUUAGAUCAACUCCUGGUUCAAGUAUCUUAACCAUUUGAAUGAUUUAUUGUAUGUCCUACGUAGACUUCUCUUUGGCAGCAACGAGAUUUAUAAUGAUGUGUCUCAACUGACCCCCUCAGCCAGCAGUCACCUGCUUUUCUUUUUAAUACCCCUUGAAGUUGUCCUGUAGGAGACAAAUUCUUUGCUAUCUAUCCCUCUGAAUAAGAAGGCAGGGAUGCGUGUUCUCCUAGACCUACUACAAUGUUCACUAAACACCUAUAGCAAAGAUGGUGGUAGUCCUGCUACUGAAGUCACCCUUCACUGUGGCUGUCUGAAAAGGAGAUGUACUUGAAUGUUCUGUAAAUCUUGAGAUAAACUGUUUGGGGAUUUAACCACCUCUCUGAUGGGGGACCAACUCUAUGGAAAUUGUAAAUAAGUUUUAUUUAUAAACCUGGCACUGUAUUCAAUAAACAUUUCUGCAGCCUUUCAUCUCUUAA